AUGCUGAUGCAUGUGGCAUCAGACCAACUUAUCGCCAGCUUAGCUAUACUCGUCUCACAUUGUUAUAUUUCCUCACCGUUACCACUCAAAAACAAAACUACAACUUUAACAAAAGUUGACAACGUUUCUAAAUCUAUGUUGAAGGAGAACAGCAUUUUUACGAGCAUCGUACGAAAAGAGAGGCAAAAAAGGAGAGUCACAGUGUUGGUGAAAAGAAGCAAUAUGUCAGACAAUCAAACAUUACUCGACUCGACUCGACCAACUCGACCUACGCAGAAAGCUCGCGUCAAAGCAGGCGAAAAGGAUACGACCCUUGGACUACCAGAAUCAAGCAAUCACAGUGAAUCUGAUACUUCUGCGAGCACUACCGAAGAAAGCACGCUCUACGGAGUGAAAUGGAUGAAGUGGCAAAAAUAUCUUGCCGAUCAACAGUUAUUUCUACCGAUCCAUAUACCUCAUAUAGAUGGAAAUCUUCUUUUGCGACUUUUGAAGGACAGUGAGUCUGCAAAACGAAAAACAGCAACGGGACCAACACCAGUACAUAAUGAGUAUACAGAGCCGUCGCUUUUCAUAAGUCUGGCAUUUCUGAUUCUGAUUGGCGCUACGACUAUAUUAUGUCAGAGAAUGCGUAGCAUCGACUUUGUGCGAAACCCCUCGAUUAAGUACACUAGAACAGUAAAUAAUGAUGCAAAGUCCCAGCUCACAAAAGCGAAGGCCUCUCUGCCUAACAUUGCUGGAAUGAAGGGCGCCUAUGGACGAGGAAAGUUGACUGAAAUAACUGAUGUAUUCGAUAAUUUGGUUCGUCCUUCCCACUUGCUUUUGGAUGGUACAAGCUUUGCCACCGAAAUUCAUGCAAAGGGCCGGCAAAUGCACAUGCGCAUCAAGUUGUUGACGGCGGAAGAACUAGCUCGAGAAGAGAUUUGA